CGCCCGACCCGUCGAAACUAAAUAUCCAAAACCGUUUGUGAUCGCGCGCCAACGUUUGCCAAAUAUGGCACGUAUCUCGGGUUUCGCGAGCGCUCGCCGCUGGCACACCACCAGACGGUGCGAAACGUUCACUGUUCCCGACUAAAAAAACACGUAAAAAAACCGUUUUUAUUUCUGUAGCGAGCGCCCUCUAAAUUUAGGCCGUAUGGAAACCGAAAGUAAUACGAGCGAUUUUGGUCGGGGCCGCGUCCGUUGUCUGUAUUUAGAUUAGAGCGUUUCGGUCGUCCUCCGCGCAGCACGCGGCCGCACACAGCCGCACACAGCCGCACACGACCGCACGCGGCCGCACACGACCGCACGCAGCCGCACGCAGCGCCCCGCUCUGAUAACGCGUCGCGUGCACCACUGCAGUCGGCACGCGAGCGCCGCCCCUGCUGCGUACGCGCGUUUGUCAAUGAACCAUUCGUGUUUACAGUGAUCUAUCAAACGGACUUGGAUGUCACACAUGUUGCCCGAAGGAGGUGAUUAUUUGCAUGUUCCGAUAAUUUACUUGCCUUCGAUUCGGUUUCUCGCUCUAUCGAUGAGAGUUCUAUCGUUAACGGUUGAUUAAGCGGCUGGUUUUGUGUUAAUUAUUGGUCGUUAGCGUGCUGUAACCAAAUAUUUCACGUUAAUUAACUCGUUUGUGUUAUAUAAGUGAAUGUUUAUGUUUCUACAAUGUUUUCCUAAUUGAUAAGAUUGUUUACGAAACAAUUUGUGGCGCCUGGGCAUUGACCAUGGGACCUACCACCAUAGUGUCCCACUUGUUGGAUGGACAGCAACGUUACAGAGUGGCACGGAUUUUAGGAUAGUGCAGUGUGUAACGCGGGCGUACUAUUUAUAAGUGAGUGUCAGUAAUAAGAUCCUAGUUAUCAAUGUAGGGCAAAGCGCGUACGUUACCUUAUCGUAAUAAUAUAUCAAGACGCUCUUUAUAUCAAAUCGUGCUCCUAAGAAAUAAUAUACUAAUAAAUUUUGUAUUUUAUUAAUUCGUGUUUGUACUUUGGGUAUGUUUACUGUAUGAGAUUAUAAAUUAUUCAUUAAACUGAAAAUGUUUUCGUCUCCAAAACAAACAAUGCACGUUAAUCUCAUUCAAUUUUUUGUAGUGGACACGCAGCGUACCAAUUUUACUUAGCAGGCGCGAUAAAGUCAGAGAUAAAAAACAAUAUUAAAUAACCAAACAAAUUCCAUAACUACUUACGGUUAUUCUUCGUUAUUUACGUAAAAGCAAACGCGAGUAACAACACAUGACGUCAUAUGUGGCUAAUCACAUUGUUCGUGUAUAAUCUGCGGUUAGUUCGUUGUUUUUUACGACCCCAAAAGAUGACUUACGUAAUGAAGUCAAUGUCAUAUUCAGCAGAGGUCUUUCCCCUGGUCACUGAGAUGUUUUAACGAUGCAAACAUCUUUUUGCAAGCAAACUGACUGGUGGUGGGACCUCUUGUGGUUCCACUCGGAAGUGAUGCGGCGCGUGGCGUGCGCGGACGUGUGUCCCGCACCGACGCUCUGCGCAAGCUCCGAAAACAAGGAGUUACUCCGCCAACAGCUGCUGUCAGCCAGCAAGGAGCGAUCCGCCGAAAAGUCUGAACAACCUAAACCAAAACACAGGAAUAGACAGAAGAACCGAUGGAAGCUCAAGUUCCACCAUCAGGCGUUGCCCCAAGAAUACCUUGACCACUACGAGCAGAGCUUGCAGAAGGCCAACGCGAAACAGAAACAGAAGGAGAAACCGAAGCCCGAACCGGCUCUCGACGUCAAUAAUAUCACCAACGAAGCCUUUAAGGUUUGGGCGCAGCGCCUCGCCUCAAUACAGAACAACACUGUCCUCGCACUCUCCGACGCGCUGCCGACCAGCAUGAUGCCACUCAGGCAAGAUCGGACGGAAGAUAAGAGGAAAAAGAAUCCCGCCAUCGCGCCCAGCAAGAUCGUCACAUACGACGACCUGCCAUACAUGGGGGAGAUGACACUCAACAACUCCAAGCCGCGCCGGGGAAGAAAGCCGAAGAAGGCUGACAUCUGUCAUCUUAUUUACGAAAAUUACGGAACUGUAGUCCCCGGACAGCCCUCGCCACGUGAAGGGCUCAACUUAGUACCGUCGCCCUUCAGAGAACCGAUCAACCCCAAGACUGACUUACAGAACAAGAUUAUAUCUAAUUUAAUGGAACGAAAGCUCUCGCAAGAAAACAAGAGAAGAAUGGAGAAUGCCUCUCCCUCGCAGUACUCCACUCCGGCACUCAUCGGGCACGACGAGCCACUUAACCUCUGCAUCAGAGAUCUACGCGACCUUAAAAUUCAGAUUCAGAAGAAAUUUGGCAAUAUUUACACAUCGCUGCUUGACGUGAAGUCCGACGACGCCGAUAACUCAGAUCCGGAGUCUUGCAAAAGCGAACAGCCUAACGCCAUCUCUGUCAUACAAAGGAACACCAGCAUCUGUCCUCCCGCUCCCUCCCCUCUACAGGAUGCGGAUACAAAACUCGUCCUCAAGCAGAUAACUGAUUUAUUAGAUCCGAAACUUAUCGACAGACUCGAAGAUGCUAAAAAGAGUCCAGAGGCAAAGAUGAAAAGGGCUUCUCCGAACCCAAUCCAAGGUCCAGUGAAGAGGAAGAGAUCUGCAAUCUUUAUUCCUCCCGUUCCAACCAAAAGCAAUUCCACCACCCCCACUACUGAAGUGAGUAUAUGCAAGUUCAAGUUCACAGGCGGAUCUAAGCCUUCGCUACAAGAGAAAAAGAUGCUCUCAGUGGAUUCGGGGGGAAACUUUCGGUACUACAGUGGCGGGAACAAGGGGAACAAAGGAUAUGAGUAUUUACAAAAUAAUCAAGCCAGGAGCCAACAGACCGGAGAACUUUCCGUAGAUACAAAACCGAAAGAGGGCUUCAAAGAAGAAGAGAGUAAAAAAAAGAGAAAGAGCAGAAAGAGUCUACAGAGAGAGAAAUUGGAGCAAACAUUCAAGGAGAAAGGGUUCCUCAUACAAACGCAGCAACUGCAGUCGGCUGAAGGAGCGACCUACUGUAAAUUUCGACAAUUACGGAAAUUUACAAGGUACUUAUUCCGGAGUUGGAAGGAUUAUUUGCCCGGGGAAUUGGAAGAAAAGCCAACCGAGAAUAACGAGGUCAGGGACACCGCCGGGGACUGGAGUUAAGUUUCGCAGAGAAUAAUAAUGGACUUGACGCCAAAGACGCUUGUGUUCAGUGCCGAGAGAACCAAAGCUGUGGUUUAGUUUUUAAAAUACUUCGGCCAAAAUUUUAUAUUAAAUUUUCGUACAGUACUCUUCUUGGUCGACUAAUGCAUUUAUAACUUACACUUGUGUCGCUUGCAGGAAGUGUGUGUCCGUUGUUCCGUCCUUUACAUUACAAGGUAUUUGUGUGAACGUUUUAACUUGUAAAUAGUCUCGGAUAUGUGAAUAUUUAUGUUACAUUAAGAUUAUUAACAUAGACAAUUUUGGCUUUUUCAAUCACAUGAUUUUAUCAAAAACUGCUCAAUUAAAAAAUAGUUUAAGAUUAUUAUCAAAAUCAUUCAUUUAUCAAAAUUAGCUUAUUUGUAAUUGGGGUUAUUAACAUCAAGAUUAUAUACUUUAUCAACCUGCGAUGGGAUUUUACCAUAAUUAAUUUCUCAGAAGCACUGUAUUUUAUCUAAACAGCCAAAUUUAGGUUAUAACGUUCUUUGAGUAUAAUCUGUGCUGACUCAUAAUAAUUUUAGAAUAAAGUUACGGUUGAAAUAUUUAUUUUAUAUUAUUACGAAAUUUAUGAACAUAUAAAUAAAUUAUCGUAAAACGUAACAAACUAACAGACUAGUCACCUGUAAUUAUAUUUAAGGUUGUGUUUUUAAUCAUAAAUGUAUUUCUUGCGUUUACACAUCGAACUGUUAUUGCACAACGGAAUUGUUCAUUUAUUUGCUGUGCAUUAGAUAACAGACAGAUGUAUGAAACAUUAAAACAGCGAACUAUGUUGUUGUAAGUAAAGCAGAACGAUUUAUAUAAAAAGUGAAGUUUGCAUAAAGUUCAUUUUAACAACUUCUGCUGCAGAUGUGAAGGCAGGUGUCAAACUGUUUCUUGUAAUGUUUUAAACAAUAGUUUGGGUUGAAAGUAGUAGUACUCUUAAGACAAUGUAUUAUAUCCUAUUGUCAUUAUUAUUAGCUAGUAGAUAUUGUGUUGUAUAAUGUCAAACCUAUAAUUAAAUUCAUUGACCAACCGUUACCAAUUACUGACUUACAUGAAAGACAUUUGACAUCAUUAGGGUUAGAAGUCACCCUCUUUUUCAGACCACGACUUUCACCAAAUUCCUAUCUAUAAAUUAAAUAGUUUUCAAUGUUCUUGUUAAAAGCGUUUUACCAAAGUUUAGAUAAAUUUUGAGAAAAUAACUGUGUUUGUGUACUAAAAAUUCUUGUUUUCAACGAAAAAUGUGCAAUUUCAGUUCGAUGAUAUUGUUUCGCAAAGUAACAGGAGGCAUUCUAGUCAUUACAAUUAAGUGAUAAAUUUAGCAGAUAAAUGUUUAUGUAUAAUUAAUAUAAUGUUAUUUAUAUAUUUUAUUAAGAAAUGAAACAAUCUUUAGUAUUAAAAGUUUAUUACAGAAAACCAAAUCGCUCCAAGUAAAAUGAAAAAAAUAAAAAAAACAGGAAUGUAAUAUUUCCGAAUAAAUGAUUUAACGAAAAA